UCUCUUCGCCUCCUUUUUCUUUGCGGCGGAGCCGACCAUCAUCGUACAACGGUAAACGCUUAACAGCCUCCGCUCCAUCCAUCCCAGGCUGCUGCCGCCUCUAUAGACAGUGCCAGCUCCCAUGGAGCUUCCGCCGCUGGCCAUCGGGCCUCAGGGUCUACUCGGCCGCCCGCCGGUCUCGCCUCUUCCUCUUCUUCCCCGUCCAUCUCCUUCUCCUGCUGGAGCUAAGCGCCACCUCUGCUGUGUAAUCAGAACAAUUCGCACGGAACCACGUAACGCGUCAGCUGCCCCGACAAGACAGGGACAACACUCCAAAGCUUACUUGGCGAGGCAGGCCGCAAUACUCGAAGUUCAGCGGUCGCCGGACUUGGACUCCGCUCUCGAGAGAUUUGGAAGUAAGCUGAAGGUGCAAGACCUGAAUGUCAUUUUGCGUUAUUUCGGGAAGCUUAAGAGGUUUCAGGAUCUCUUCGAGCUCUUUGAAUGGAUGCAGCGCCAUGGGAAGAUUAGUGCUUCAUCUUAUACUAGCUAUAUUACGUACUCGGGGAAGAGCCUUAACCCUUUGAAGGCUCUAGAAAUCUACAGAGGUAUUGCAGAGCAGUCAAUGAGAACGAACGUCUACAUAUGUAAUGCUGUUCUUAGUUGCCUGGUCAGAAAUGGAAAAUUUGAUAGCAGCAUCAAAGUGUUUCAAGAGAUGAAGCAAGAUGGAUUAGUACCGGAUGUUGUUACAUAUAGCACGCUGCUUUCAGGUUGCAUGAAAGUGAAGGAUGGCUACUCUAAGGCGUUAGAACUGGUGCGUGAACUGAAGAAUGAUGAAUUGAAAAUGGACGGUGUAAUUUAUGGGACCCUCCUUGCCGUUUGUGCUUCAAAUAAUCAAUGUCAAGAAGCAGAGAAAUACUUUCAGCAGAUGAAGGAUGAGGGUCACGUGCCUAAUGAAUUUCAUUACAGCUCUUUAUUAAAUGCUUACUCUGCUGAUGGAAAUUACAAGAAGGCUGAAGAAUUGGUCCAACAGAUGAAAUCCGUAGGUUUAGAACCAAAUAAGGUGGUUUUGACAACUUUGUUAAAGGUGUAUGUUAAGGGAGGCUUAUUUGAAAAGUCGAGGAAGUUACUGGCUGAACUGGAAUCACUGGAUCAUGCUAAUGAUGAGAUGCCGUACUGUUUGCUGAUGGAUGGCUUAGCUAAAGCUGGGCACAUGGACCAAGCUAAAUCAAUUUUCAAGAUGAUUGCUGAUAAAUCUGUCAAGUCUGAUGGCUAUGCACAUAGCAUCAUGAUUUCAGCGUUUUGCCGGGACGGUCUUCUGGAUGAGGCCAAACUGUUGGCUAAGGAUUUUGAAAUUGGAUACAACAGAUAUGACUUGGUGAUAUUGAAUAGUAUGCUUUGUGCCUACUGUAGAGUAGGUGAAAUGGAGAGUGUUAUGCAAACACUAAAGAAAAUGGAUGAAUUAGCAAUUAGUCCUGAUGGCAAUACCUUUCAUAUCCUCAUCAAGUACUUCUGCAAGGAGAAAUUGUACCUACUCGCAUAUAAGACUAUGGUAGAUAUGCAUAGUAAGGGGCACCUAAUAGAGGAGGAAAUUGGUUCCUCCUUAAUUUUUCAUCUUGGCAAUAUGAACGCAUAUGCAGAAGCAUUUUCUGCCUACAACUUGUUGAGACAUGGCAGAAGGACCAUUUGCAAGGCUCUCCAUGAGAAGAUCCUGCACAUUCUAAUUGCAGGGGGGCUUCACAAGGAAGCUUUUGUGGUAGUUAAGGAGAAUUUAGGGUCAAUCUCUAAGCCAGCAUUGAAGAAAUUUGCAACGGCAUUUAUGAAAUCUGGAAAUGUCAACUUGAUUAAUGGUGUGUUGGAGGUUCUUCAUAGGUCGGGCUAUAAGAUCAAUCAGGAAAUGUUUCAGAUGGCUGUAUCACGUUAUAUUGUGCUGCCCGAGAAGAAGGAUUUGCUCCUAAAACUGCUGCACUGGAUGCCCGAACAAAAUUAUUCUAUUGAUUCAUCAACAAGAGCACUGAUUCUCAAAAACUCACACUUCUUUGGUGGUGGGCUGAUUAAAGAAGCACUGUCCAAUCAUCGGAGAGUUCCAAAGACAGUAGGGUCUAAUAAGAAUAGAAACCAAAGAACUUGAAGUGGUUCGAGGUAAUAUUGUUUCCAUUUUUGUUUCUUGUGACCUUUAAUGCUACCUUGGAAGGAGAAUGAAAAUUUUGUCGAAGCAAUCAUCUGAUAUAGCUAUCACAUUUUUCCAGUUCCAUCCUUCCAUUCCCAACAUGGCGUAAAUAUAUAUAUGCACUGGUUCUCGAAUUCAGUAUAUA